AUGGGACAGGAGGACCCAUUCAAGGAGUGGGUGGGGUUCAAUGAUGAAGAAUAUGGUUAUCAUGAGUAUCUCUUUAAAGAACUCCAGCUUGAGAGCCAUGGUGAUGCUGCCAAAUGGUGUAGUUGCAAGGUGGCUAAUUGUCAUGGGGUCACAUUGUUGUGUCAGACUUGUUGUCUAGCAACUCAUCAACAUUUACUGUUACACAAAAUCAAGAAGUGGAAUGGAAAGUUCUUUGAUCAUGUCACCUUAAAGCAGCUUGGCCUCAUAGUUCAGCUUGGUCAUGAAGACAUGUUUUGCUACUGUCUGGAGCAUGGUCAUUUAGAUUUCAUCAUUGUUGAUGUCAACAGCAUUCACCCCAUUAAUGUGAAUUUCUGUGGCUGUGAGCAGUCCAUGUCCCAUUGCCAACAGCUUCUGAUAGCUUGCACCAGAACAGUCUUGGAUCACUUUCUGCAACUCACAUGGUCAAGUAAAGUUUCAACAUAUGAAUACUAUUGCAUGCUGGAGUGUCUUACAAAUAAUACAGGUAUUAAUAUGCCAAAGAGUUGGUAUCAUCCCUUUUUGCACAUGGUUUGUCAGUUCUGCCACACAAAACUCCUCAAAAGAGCAGGGAGGGAAAGUGAGCAAGAUGGUAUUCAUACCACCAAACCUGGUGGGCUUGCUGUGUUGUGUCCUGCAUGCCCACAACUGGGCAUGAACUUGCCUGAUGAUUGGAAAGAUGUGGAGCCCUCUAAAAAGUUUCUUUAUUUGCUCAUCAUUGCAAUAGAUGCCAACUUUCAGCUCAAGAACCAUGCAUGUGCAUCUGACCAGGAUCCAGGCCUGCAUACCAGCCUUGCCUACUUUCUUGCUGAUGGCCCUUACAAUGAGCAUGUACUUCAGUUUGCUACACAAGAAGAUAUCAGCAUGUGUAACAGUUUCAGGUCUAUGGCUCAUGCUGAAACCAACUACUGUAACAUGGACUAUAUAUAUUUUUUGGCUAUUUUCCCCUUUCUGCUCCUUUCCAUGGUCAUUUCCUACAACAUUGCCUGUCAAUGGAAACUCAACCUUGCCCAAAGGAUAGACCAGCUCCCUGAACAUCUACAUCUCCCCCUUGCUGUUGUCAUGUUGUCAUUUGUGUUUGGUAUUCUGAAGUUCCAUGCCCCUGCCCAUUCUGCCUCAUGUGCUAUACCCCAUUCUCUCAAUCUUCUGCCUGGUGUUGGCUGCACCAAUGGCAAAGGGGUCAAGCAUAACUGGUCGGAGAUCAAUUGUGUCACAAAUAGCACAAAAGAAAUGACAUCUGGUGCAAGGCAUGAUACCAUCAACAACCACUUCGGCCAUUACAACUUCAGAAAGCUUGUUGGUCUUGGAUGUUUACUUUGUGACAGGCUCAAAGCUGCUAUUGCUGAGCAAUCUCAUCAUUGUGCUACCCUGGAGGAAUUUAACACAUCUAUUGGCACUUCACAGAGGGAGACAUGGACCACUAUGAUCACUGCAUGGGAAGCUGAUAAAUCCAAACCAAAUCCAUAUGCUGCCACUCAGUGUUUUCCAACUGAGGCUGAGGUUCGCUCCCAGCUGGCCACUGAUGACAAGGCUGUGGCUGCUCAUGGGGAAUUCAGCUGCCAUAAAGUGUCCCCAAGCAGCUUUGUUUCUUUCAGGUUGGCAAUUGAAGAAACUCAGCCUAGACAGAUGAGCCUAGAUUCAAUGCUAGGUGAAUUUCAUGAAAUUCAAGUGGUUUACAUGAUUGGAAUUGAGAGUAUUGUUCAACAGUCCAAAGAUCCUGAAGCCAAAGCUGAAGCCAUCUGCUUGUGCAUGCCAUCAGAGUUGUCUCCAACUGAGCAGAUGGCAAAUACUUGUGCAAAGACACUGAUAAACACACUCUCCUCAAAGAUUGGCAGAGUCAUACAGAAGUACUGGGUAGCUCAUGCAGUGCUCCUUGCACUCCAUGGUACAGGUUCCUGGGAGGAAGAGCUGCAGCCACUGCAAAUGAAGGAUGUGUCCAAGAAGCAGCACAAGGCUUUAAGACAUGGCUUGGGUGAGGGAUAUAGAACAAUGUCUUGGAUCUGGGCAUGUGGGACAGUGGCAAGUGGUGAUGAGGGGAUGAUCAAAGCACUACACAUAGAUUGGGCAGAAGCCCAUGCCCAAGCAGCAUGCUGGUCUGAAAAGUGCACAGAAAAAUUCCUCCAGUACAAGGCACAGUGGUGGAAGCAGUGUAGGGAACCCCCCAGUGGUGUUGUGGUUGAUAGCCUUGAAAGGGAAGGAAUUUGCACAUAUGCAGAUCAACAGGCCACUCUGCAACACCAGCUCUCUGAUCAUUUUAGCAUGCUUUGGCAUCAAGCAAGGACCAACAUUGAGGUUGAAGAUUGCACUGAAUUUUUCAGCCUCAAUGACGAUUCAAAUAGUGGUGUGUAUGAGUUAGGGGACAGUGAUCUGGAGGACAAUGAUCUGAAUAGCAGUGCAUAUGAGGUGGGGGAUGAUGAUCUGGAGGACAAUGAUCCAAAUGGCAGUGCAUAUGAGGUGGGGAACAAUGAUCUGGAGGACAAUGGGACAGAUGAGGAGUGA